AUGCAUUUAGAAACAGAUACAGAUUACACAGAUCACUGGCAGCAAUACGUGAAAAAAGCAAUAGAAAAUACAAUAACAAAGGAAUUCAAUACAGAGAUAUGGAAUUACGAUAAAAUCAUCCAAGCUCUCAACACAAAUGAAGGGAUAAAAAACUUUAUAGAAUACAAACUCAAUACAACAACUACUAAUAUUCAAAUCCCAGAAGCAAUAAAGAAAAAAUUCAUCUACAAAGACACAGCCUUCUUCGUAACCUUUAUACAAGAGAAAAACACAAUACCAGCACACCAAAAAGAGUUCACUGACUUACAAACAAAGGCAAUACAGGAAAGUAAGAGACAUGAUUCAACUCAAACUAUGACAAAAAAUCAUGAUCAACCACCUGCUUAA